AUCACUCCCCUUACAAGAGCAACACAUUCACGACAGACAGGUGGCAGCAAUGUCAGUUCAAGUCAUCAUUGGACUCAGUGUAUAUUUUUCACUAACCGCAGCUGCUAUAAUCAUUGUCAUCAUAAUACUCAAAAUAAUAAAAGAUAAAACGUAUGACGGGUUAAAACAAAAUAAGAAAGAUCAACAUGACUACGUGGACCUUCAGCCGAGAAAUGUUGAUUCAGCUGCUGAUGUUGCUCAGAGCCGAGGAAGUGGUUCGCUUCAUACCUCUCAAGUCCAUGUCAAAGGUCAAGAGAACAUUAUUAGGGCUGGAAUUCCUGGUCCGUCCCGAGACGAGUCAAACAAGUGUUCGCCAUACGAGAAUGAAGAUGCUCAGUAUGAGACGUUGGCUCAGCAGACACGUGACGAGGGUCACGAAUACAUGACCCUCCCUGUGAGGUCUGCAGCACCUCGUCCAUCUCGCCCACAGGUGGCGGUGAAGACCAAGUCGCUUCCACCAUUAUGAGGUCACGAGCUGUGGGAAUUACCAGGCACACAUCUAUUGGCUGGUGACGGGAAGUUUGUCAAAGACCUAAUGAUCCAAGAAGAAAAAGUCUGGAAGUAGAUGAAAACCAAUCACAGGACAUUUUCCAACCAACUGUGAAGACUGCUCUGAGAAAACAUUAAAAUUAUAACAGGGUUAAUUUUUAUUUUCAAUUAAUCAAAGCAGGUACAUAGUGUUUAUGAAACAAUUAAAAAUUGUUA